AUGACAGUCAUUUCGCGGAUCUUCUCCCGCGCGGUAAACAAACCAUACCGAACGAGUGACCUCAAAGACGAGACCCCGCCCUUUCUCAAUGAAGAUGGAUACGUUGACUUCGGCCCAGGUGACAUUGAAAACCCUCGGAAUUGGUCGAUGCGCCGCCGAACCGGUGUGACCAUGGCGGCAGUGCUUUUGGUCGUGAAUGCCACCUUUGCUUCGAGCUCGCCAAGCGGAUGCUUCCCGUCGAUUUCAAAGCACUUCGGUGUAUCCAACCUGGUCGCGGGGUUGACCAUAACCCUGUUUCUGCUGGGGUAUUGUGCUGGGCCCUUGAUAUUUGCCCCGCUAAGUGAGUUUUAUGGCCGUCGAGUGAUAUUUUAUAUCACAUUCUCGCUUUACUUUGCCUUCAACUUUCUUUGUGCCUUUGCGCCGAACUUUGGAAGCUUAUUAGUGGGGAGAUUUUUGACGGGAACUUUUGUGUCCGCCCCAUUGAGCAACUGUCCUGGCGUCCUGGCUGAUGUAUGGAAUCCUCUUGAACGCGCAAACGCCAUGGCCGGCUUCUCAGCAAUGGUCUGGAUUGGGCCAGCACUCGGACCUGUCGUUGCGGGCUUCCUCGAGCUGAAAAAAGAUUGGCAAUGGAGCUUUUACGUGCUUCUUUGGCUCGCGGGAGCGUCAGCUUUUAUAAUGUUGACAAUACCCGAGACAUACGCCCCGAUAAUCCUGUACAACAAGGCACAACGGAUACGCAAAGCAAAGAUACCUGGUUAUGAAAACGUGAAGGCAGCGAUUGAGGAAAGCGAUCGAACGCUUGCGGGGGUUUACAAGGUUGCGCUUACUCGGCCGUGGAACAUUCUGUUUGAUCCUAUCUCCUUACUCUGCGCAAUCUAUUUGGCCUUUGUUUAUACUCUGCUCUAUAUGCUCUUCACCCUAUACCCCAUCGUUUUUCAAGAAAAACGGGGUUGGAAUUCUGGGGUUGGCGAGUUGCCGUUGCUUGGCACUGUGGUGGGCGCUCUACUUGGUGGUGUUAUCGUUGCGGUCGACACCCGAAUCCGCCAGAGAAAGAUCGACAGGGGCGAAAUAAGGAUGGAGGAUGCUACACCAGAGGACCGCUUGCCGCUAGCGAUGGGUGGAGGUAUCGUCUUUGCUGUAGCCAUGUUUUGGUUUGCAUGGUCGGCUGAGUUUAACACCGUCCAUUGGAUUGUUCCAACCCUAGCUGGUGCUUUUCUUUCGAGUGCCAUGUUGCUCAUCUUUGUCGGGUAUCUGAACUAUCUGGUGGAUGUUUACCUGAUGUAUGCCGCGUCUGCUAUUGCUGCAAAUACUAUCGCUCGUUCUGCCUGUGGAGCUGCAGCGCCGCUUUUCACCUCCCAAAUGUUCGCGGCUAUGGGCGUGGGAGGAGGGGGUAGUUUGAUCGCCGGCCUCGCUACCCUGCUUGCCAUCAUUCCGUUUCUUUUUUAUAAGUAUGGGAAGCAAAUCAGGAUGCGAAGCAAAUUUGCCCCGACUAAGAAGGAGGAACAACCUGCACAAGAGAACAAGGAUGAAGAGCGAUGUAUAGGGGAUGAGCCUGUCAGCAGUGUCUCGGACACACAAUAA